UGCAGAUGUUACCACUAUUUGAAGAAAGAGUUAUUCUGGGAAAUGCGAAUGACGCUUGUGUUCCUUUCCUAACAAUUCUGCGUCCUAUCAAUUUGAUCGCGUUCGCUUUCAAAAAUAAUUGCUUCUUCUAUAAAAUCAUACCGAGACGGGGCAAUGAAACGGCCGUUCAAAAACUGACAACUUUGAAGCUACAAAAACACCAGAGUAUAAGUUCCGCGUUUUGCUUUAACCCUCAACAGAAUCAAAUUUUGGCUAUUUUGAAUUCGAGUGAGAUUGUAUCUCUAAAAAUUGACGACGAAAAUGUACCUGUAAAUGAUUCGAUUUCUGGAGUUUUCAAGUGCGGAUCAGAAAAGAUAUUAUCAAUAUUCUCAAUCAAUGAUGAAGUUCUCGUAGUUGCAAAAAACGGAACCUGUUUUGUGCUUUCUAAUCCGGAUGUGAAAUUCAGUACAACUAACGGUAUCAAAGCUGAAUUGAGUUCGGCGGCCAUUUGCCAAUGUUACAAAGGAGAUCAGUUUAUUUGUGCUUAUUUAGUUGUCUCUUCCAAUAAAGCGACUGAGGCAAACUUUUCAAUUGUGAAAAUAACUUCGUCAUCCAAAAUUGACAAAUCUCAAGUAGUGGUUUCGAAUAUUUUGAAAAACGAACACAUAAUUGAUCUUUGCAUGCCUGAAUUUUUCGACGAGAACGAAUCGCAGGCGCAUUUGAGACUUGUGAUUGGUUUAAAAAGUGGCCAAUCAAAAAUGUUUGACGUAAUGACGGGGCUUGAAGAUGCUGAAUUGUGUUUUCCUUUCAACGUGAAGGGUGUAUUAAGCAAGGACAAAUUCAUUGGCUAUCAGUCUUCAGAUGGUGGUCAAUUAUUUGUGUGGUGUGAACCAAUAAACCACGUGAUGUGUACAAUUGACUGCAAGGAUCUCAAGUGCAUGUCGUGUAGUGAUUGUGUGAUAGUUUCUGUUCAGAAGGAGGACAAGAUCAAAAUCUACUCCACUUCUCAAUUCGCACCAGCAGCCAGCACAACUGUAUUUGACAUCAUCCCCUCGACGCUCCAAACAACAUCAAAAUCUCCUACUGAUGAAUUAAUUGAUAAGAAUGAAGAUCACCGCUACUUCUCCGACUUGUGUGAAAUUCUGCAAGGAGCGAAAAAGUAUGAAGAAAGUGUGUGGAAUGCAUACGAGCAAAAGAUACUAAUUGUGAUUUUGAGAAGCUUCGAUGUCGACCAAGUUCGACUUGUGUUCCGAUUGUGUGUUGCGGGUUACUACAGUGAGAAUAAUCAACUGAGAGCGUUCGUUUUGAGUGUCUGUGACAUGCUUCUUGUGGCUCAAAGAGACGUCAUUAUAGAACUGCUGGCCCUGCCGAAUGAAUCACAAUUCAGACAGGAUUUCGACCUCAUUUGCAGACAGGUGACGGACGAUUUGAACAAGUACGAGGCUAUUUCGGAGUGUUGCAAUACUUACGAGACACUGUCAGCGAUACAGAAGACGAAGGAAAAGAACCAGAAAAGAGAUGGAUCUGGGUUCUAUAUAACUUAUAUUUCGAUAUAAAUUGUGUUAUGGAACCUGAAUGAGUUUCCGAUAUGUCAGAAUAAUAUGUUUCUAUCUG